UGCACAGAAGUUGUCAGACCCCAGCAGAUAGGGCUUAGAGUCAGGCACCUGUACCCAGCAGCCAGGGGCAUGAGUCCCACAGCAACUUAGAUAUAUGGGGAAAGGCAUCCUGAGGUUUCUUAUGGGGAAUCAGGGAAAAGCUUUUGACUUGUGAAGAUACAAAAAAGCAGAUACAAGUUAGUUUUGUUUGCCUGCAACAAGUUAUGUGAGGAGUUAUGAUACUGCUCCCUCCCUGCUGACAGCUCUGCAUGAGAUUUCAGAAGUUGCUGCUAAAGACUCUCGGUGGGAGCUUCUGAUUUAAAAUCCACAAUGGGCAUAAAAGGAAUUAAAAUAUUCUGCGUUCUCUUGUUUUUCCUCUCAUUUGUGGAAUGUUACUAUAGCACAGGCAAACCAACAUGGCCAAAUUUCAAAGUUCCAGUAGUCCUUCCACAAUCUACAUUUGGUUUGGACAAACCACAAUUUGAAGCAAAUCCAAGUCUAGAAGUGACAUCUACAUGUGGCCCAGAAUGUCAUAAAGAUUCUCCUUUGCCAACCUACGAUGAGCUGAAAGAAUAUAUGUCUUAUGAAACCUUGUAUUCCAAUGGGAGUCUUACUAUGACCAAAGUAGGAAUUUAUGUUGUUGCGAACAGAGCAGAAUCUCAACCAAGUGGUGGAAAAGUACGUGGGAAAAGGCAGAUCUAUGGACAUGACAGUAGGUUUAGUAUAUAUGGAAAAGACUUUUUGCUAAAUUAUCCUUUUUCCACUUCAGUAAAAUUAUCUACAGGUUGCACUGGGACACUGGUGGCAGAAAAGCAUGUCCUAACUGCUGCUCACUGCAUCCAUGAUGGCAAAAGUUAUGUGAAAGGAGCACAGAAGCUAAGAGUGGGUUUUCUCAAACCUAAAUAUAAAGAUGGGGGUAAAGGUCUAAACCAGACAAUCUCGAGGAUUCCUGAAAAGAUGAAGUUCCAAUGGAUUCGGGUAAAAAGGACACAUGUUCCAAAAGGAUGGAUAAAAGGGAAUGCCAAUGAAAUUGGGAUGGAUUAUGACUAUGCUUUAUUAGAACUCAAGAAACCUCAUAAAAGAAAAUUCAUGCCAAUAGGUGUAAGUCCUUCAGGACGGCAGUUACCUGGUGAAAGAAUACACUUUUCUGGCUUUGAUAAUGAUCGUCCAGGUAAUCUAGUCUAUCGCUUCUGUCAAGUUAAAGAUGAAACAUAUGACCUACUUUAUCAGCAGUGUGAUGCCCAGCCAGGUGCUAGUGGUUCUGGAGUGUAUGUCAGGAUGUGGAAGAGACAAAAACAGAAAUGGGAAAGGAAAAUUAUUGGAAUAUUUUCUGGCCACCAAUGGGUAGACAAUAAUGGAGAACCACAGGAUUUUAAUGUAGCUGUACGCAUUACUCCGCUUAAAUACGCGCAGAUAUGUUUCUGGAUCAAAGGAAACUACAUUGAUUGCAGGGAUGGCUAACCUAUUGCAUUCAUAAGCAUUUUAGCACUUGAUAGUCUAAGUGAUCCAUUAAAAUAUAUAAAUUAUUAAGAAAUUGCCAAUGCUUAAAGUGGUAAACCUAUUUUUUUCUGAAAAUUUCUAUUAAAACAUUAUGGACAAUAAAAAUAAACUUAUACGACUUAAUUAUGCAUAUUAUAUAUUUGAAGAAACUGCUAAAAUAUUUGACACAGAUUACAGCUCAAAUCUCAGGAUUUUUCUUUUUUUUUCUAUUGACCUUUCACAAUGAUUCUGGGAUUCCUAACAUUACUCUGUGUCAAGAAAUGUCAAAUAUUGAUCUGCAACUUGUUCCUUCCAUAGAGAAUUAUACAAUGUGUAAGUGGUGUGCAAUUAAGACAGCCAGAGAUUACAGGAAAUUGCAGAGUUCCAAAUUCCACAGUAGAGAUGAAAAUAUUUUUUUUGUAUAUAAUUCUAGCUUUUCAUUAUUGCUAGAACUGUACAACCAGCUUUCAACACCUGAAAACUGCUAUUAUGAAAAUCUCAUUACAUACCAAUUCCCAACCUUUAUAUAUAUUUUUCUUUUACUAUUUUUUUUUUUGUUAGUGAACAAGUCAGUGAGUCUUUAAUAUGUUUAAAACAUUUUGUUGCAAUAAUAAACAGGUAUUAGGUGAAGGCAGACUUGUUGGAAAAUAUAUAUAUAUAUAUAUAUAUAUAUAUAUAUAUAUAUAUAUAUAUAUAUAUAUAUAUAUAUAUAUAUAUAUAUAUAUAUUUAGCAUGACUUAACUAUUUCCCAGCAUUAAUUGUUUACUUGAUAUUUUGGGGGAAAUAAAAAUAUCACUUCUAUCCGUUCAUGUUCUAUGUUGUGCUAUAUAUUUUUAGAAAUAUGAUCAUUUUUGUGAUGUUUUAUUUAUAUGGUAAGUAAAACUCAAAAUCUGCAUAGCAGUAUAAAAUACUUUAUUUGACCUUAUUUUCCUAUUUAAAUAUAUCAUAAAAUAUUUAUUUUCAGAUACUGGUAUAAUUUGUGACUACUAAAUUAAUACAUUUGCAAUUUUCUAUAAUUAACAUUUUCUGUAGGUUAAUUUGCCUAUAUUAAGAAAUAAAGGAGAUAAUUACAAGGUAUAUCUUACUUUUAUUGCAAAGCAUUUUCAUUUUUUUUUCUAGAAUAUAAAUAUAUGUAGCACCCAAAAAGUUCCAUUCAUACAAUUUGAUAAUAAAAAGUUGUACACAAUUAUGAAGGCUUUAAAUAUGCUGCACUAGAAAAGAAAAUGCUCAUUUAUUAUCCCACAUAUUUAAAUAUAUUUAUGAGGUGUACUGAGUGCAGGCUAUUUAAACUCAAAUCUGGGUAGAAGUGCAGAGACAUAGAGGCUGUAGAUUACAGGGACAGAAAACUAAUUUGAAAAUGAUGUGGUAACUUCAUGUUAUGUAAAGAUUGUCAUAUAUCUGUCACUGACUUGUUUAAUAACACAAGAAUAUAUUAAACCAAUGCUAAAUAUUGUUUUAAAAAAUAAAUUAAUCACAUUCUAUAAAUAAAUAAUUGGAAACAAAAUACUUUAUGUCAAAAUUAAAGACAUAGGUGCACAUUUUUAUUGUUAUUUUUCUCAUAAAAAAUAGCAGUUCUUAAAAAUGACGGUUAUGAAACAUAUAUGUGAAGAGAAUACUUUUCCCCCAUUUUCUGAAUUUAAAUGACCAUUUGUAAAUGUUGCCUGGUUUGACUUAUCGAAAAAAUAUUUUAAACAACGUUAAUUAAAUUGAAAUGAUCCAAAAACACUAUCUUUUUUUGUCUGAGUGAUAUGGCUUGAUAUUUUAAGUACCACUGUACAGACAAUGAUUGGCUUAAAGACAAGCAGUACACAUCCUAUUGGACCUGACAUAAAACAUUCUGAAAAUGUUCCUAUAAUCUUGACAAAAAAUACAGAUCCUGAUUGGUUAGAGAAAAGCAAUGCAUCCUUAUUGGUUGUGUGCAUUCUCUGACUAGUAUUAAAAAAAAACUCAGUCUCAAAUAGUCAGAUGUUUAUGCCUGAGUAUGAUCCUUAAAUAUUAUCAAAGACUUAUUACUAUGUUAUAAUCCACUGAUAAAAACACAUUUUUUUAAAGAUGUUAUAUAUUUUGCAGACAUUAAAAAUAACUAUAUCUGAAGAAACAACUGCCUAAGUUUUGCAAAUAUUUCUAUUUUUCAAUUUGAUGAAGUUGAAUUUUUUUUAAAGUUUUUUUCGCACAUAAGACAUUAAUAUAUAUUAUUGAGUGAAAUUGAUUCAUGUUCUCUCAUUUUGUUAAAUCAAUAUUUUAGGAUUGUGUAAAAACAAAUAUUAUUUUCUCAAAAGUAAAAAUCGUGCUAUUUAAAUUUAGGUAAUUGUAUUAGGUAAUAAUGUAUUUUUAAUUGUUUUAAAAAAACAUUCUGCCAGAAAAGGUUAUGUUGCCAGUUAAACACAUUCUGACUACAAACUAAAUGUUGAAAAUACAUUUACAAAAUUUGUCUUUAAAAGGGCGUAAAAGUCCAGAAUUUUAUACCAGAUUUAUUACUAGUCCAUUGCUAAGACAACUAAAAUGCGCUGCAUAUGCUUAAGUGUUAUUUUAUUUGUUAUUAUAGAAUUUUUUUUAAAUAUUCGUUUGUGUGUUUUUUGUUUGUCAAUCUAGGGCAUCUGGUGCUUUUUAAAUUGUUGUGUUCUAUAUUUAGUUGCAGAAUCUACAAUGUUCUGUUUAUUAUUUAAUAGUGUACAUCCUUUACAUGUUUAAAUGUCUCAGUGUCUGAUUCUGUGUAUGUAAAUAGUGGAUAUUUACUGAUUUUACAUUUUUAAUACUUAUUAUGAUAGUUGUUUAAAAACAGCACUUUGCUCAUUUUAACCAAUUGUUAUCUUAAUGUUAUAUAAGUAAAAAUACAACUUCUUUAAAUAA